AAGGUUUGGAUUUAAAACCCCCCCCCCCCCCCCCCCACGCCCCCCUGCCCCAGGAGACACCCCGCUGGAGCUGGAAGAGGACUGCAGCCUGGCUCUCGUCUGGCGCAACAACGAUCGCCAGCAGGAGUUCGUGUUGGUGGCCUCCAAGGAGCUGGAAUGCGCUGAGGAUCCCGGCUCCGCUGGCGAGGCGGCGCGCGCUGGCCACUUCACCCUGGACCAGUGCCUCACCCUCUUCACUCGGCCUGAAGUGCUGGCCCCGGAGGAGGCUUGGUACUGCCCGCAGUGCAAGCAGCACCGCGAGGCCUCCAAGCAGCUGCUGCUGUGGCGCCUGCCCAACGUGCUCAUCGUGCAGCUCAAGCGCUUCUCCUUCCGCAGCUUCAUCUGGCGCGACAAGAUCAACGACUUGGUGGAGUUCCCUGUCCGGAACCUGGACCUGAGCAAGUUCUGCAUCGGCCAGAAGGAGGAGCAGCUGCCCAGCUAUGACCUGUACGCUGUCAUCAACCACUACGGAGGCAUGAUCGGCGGCCACUACACCGCCUGUGCACGCCUGCCCAACGACCGCAGCAGCCAGCGCAGCGACGUGGGCUGGCGCUUGUUGAUGACAGCACGGUGACAACGGUUGAAGAGAGCCAGGGCGUGAAGCGUUAAGCCUACGUCCUCUU